CUCGGAGUUGGAGCCUGUUGCUGGUUGGUGCCUGGUGGAGCGAGCGGCCUCUGGUAACCCUACACGGGCCUAUUAUCUCAGAGUGGAGGAGCCAGUGGAGUUUACAGAGUCAGUGAGUCACAUCUCGCCAGUGUUGACCUUGACUUUGACAUGGAUGGGGGUGUCCUUUCUCCCAGAAAAAAAUAAAACACGAGAGGAGUAUGUGGCGACUACAACGUCCUUUGGCUCUAUGUGUGGUGAGAAGGAUAGAUAAUUAUCAAUGCAGAACAGCUACGGCAGCAGCAACAGCCAGCUCAUCAUGUACUACCACACCACCCUUACAAGAGGUGCCCGGCCCUCGGUGUUACCCUGUCAUUGGCUCCCUCCUUGAUAUGAUCUUCGAUAAAGAUUUUAAUAAGGACAAGAUUCACAUCUACUUCAAGAAGCUGUUCCAGAAGUAUGGGUCUGUGGUGCGGGUCAAGUUCCCUGGCCAGCCCACCAUGGUCAUAGUCCACAACCCUGAGCACCUCCAGUUCAUCCUGAAUGCCACCAUGCAUAAUCCUGUAAGACCUCCAAUGGAAAGUCUCAAGAAGGUCAGAUAUGAAAAUGACUAUUAUGAAAAGAAAUCUGGCCUUGUGUCUGAGAAUGGUGAGGAAUGGGCACGUUUAGCAACUGUUCUGCGCCCCAAAGUGAUGCGUCCCAAUAAUGUGAGCCAGUACUUGGCAAGGGUGGACCAGGUGACUCUUGACUUCUUACAAAGAAUAUCUUUUCUUCGAGACAGCAGUGGGGAAGUUGAUGUUGACUUCAGGAAAGAAUUGAAUAAAUGGUCUUCAGAAAGUAUCUGCUUGAUCUCCCUUAACCAGAGAAUUGGCUGUCUGGACCCUUCCCUGCCAGCUGGCUCAGAACCACAACGCAUUGUAAAGGCAACUGUGGAUUUCAUGAAAGCCAUCAUGGAGUGUGAAUCAGGUUCCAAGUUGUGGAAACUCUAUCCCACAAAAACAUAUAAGCAACUUCAGACUUCCAUGGAAAUACUUAGAGAAAAAACAAUUGAUGUUUUGGAUGAAAUAGAGUCUGAAAUGAAGGCAAAGCUUGAGAAGGAUCCACACUCCAGCCUCACAAUGUUAGAGCAGCUUUUAUGCCAAGACAGUAUCACCCGCAAGGACAUCAUCACAUUCAUGAUGGACCUCUUACCAGGUGCCACAGAAACGGUAUCAGACAUGGUAGCUGUGAUCCUGUAUCUUUUGGCCAAGAAUCCUCAAGCCCAGAUCAAGGUGCAGGAGGAGAUAGAUCGAGUGUUAGGAGAUGGUGUGGACGUCUUGACACAAAAACACUUGAAUCAGCUUCCAUAUAUCAAAGCUGUGGUCAAGGAAGCCAGUCGUGUCCUCCCACCGGCACUAGGCCCUGUGCGCAUCCUUCAGGAGGAUUUGAGGCUGGGGAAUUUCCUUCUUCAAAAAGGGUGGCUAGUGUUCCUCAUGAAUGCCUUUGCUGGUUGGGAUCCUGCACAGUUUGAGAAGCAUGAUCAGUUCUUGCCCGACCGAUGGUUACGACAUCGACCUUAUGGAGACAUCCAUCCCUGUGCCGUCAUUCCUUUCUCUUUUGGCGUCAGGAUGUGCAUUGGACGACGUUUAGCGGAGCAGGAGAUCUAUACCCUCAUUGCCAGGAUGCUGCAUUGCUAUAAUGUGGAAUACAAGCAUGGAGAGAUUGACCGCGUCCAUAAGUUUGUCUUCUCACCAGUUGGACCAAUGAAAUUUACCUUCACUGACCGUCAUCCAAGAAAAUGAUAAAUAAAUGGAUACCUACUGUAAAUUAUCUAUUAGAUAUUCCGGUUUUAAAUUCUUUUUCAGUUAUGCAAUUGAUAAUUCUUAUGAUCUAUGAUGUGAAAUACAUAUGCAUGGAAUUCUAAA